AUGAAUUUGAUCGAUAGCGAGGAGUACUUAUGUCAGCUUGAGUGUGCCGGAAAUUCAGUACUGAACAAUCGCUCAAAAGUCACUUUGCGAUUUUGUGUUAUUAUUAACAUUCAUAGGUUCUGGGAAAUCAGCAUCUGUGAAGAUGGUCAAGCUCUGUAA